AUGGAAGUAGGCCUCGGCAUACGCCGCCGAAUGAUGCAGGUUUGCAUCGUCGGUCUGACGCUGCUGGCUGUCACUUUGGCAUUCCCUUCAUCCACUAGUCAUCAAGCCCAUCAGCGAGCAUUCCUCGGUUCCUCAAAGCUACAACCUCGCAGUGACAAGCCAUUCGCUUUGCGUGUUUUGCCACUUGGUGCUUCAAUCACUACCGGUUAUAGGUCGGAGGAUGAAAAUGGAUACCGUAUAUAUCUGCGCAAGCAGCUUCGAUAUACCGGAUGGGAAGUGAAUAUGGUUGGAUCCCGCAAGGAUGGAACCAUGAAGGAUCGUGACAACGAAGGUUGGGUCGGAAAGCGAAUUGAGGAGGUGGCCACAUAUGCUGAGAGAAGCAUCCCGAAGGCUCCAAAUCUUAUUCUGAUCAACGCUGGCACGAAUGAUGCUCUGCAGAACUUCGACGUCCCUAACGCUGGAGUCCGGAUGAACCAGAUGCUCACUCGUCUGUACGAUACUAUUCCUGGAACAACCAUCAUUUUGUCGACACUUCUACCUAACAACAAUGAGAAAGCGCAAGCCAACUCGGUCAUAAUCAAUGAACAAUACCGCAACAUUGUGGCUGCUCGCCAGAAGAACAAUGACCGUAUUGUUCUGGCUGAGAUGAGCGACUUUAUCAAACAUACAGAUCUUCUGCCCGAUGGAACUCAUCCAACCGGGCCUGGAUACGAGAAGAUGGCCUCGGUGUGGUGGGCUGCAAUCCAGGAAGCUGAGUCCAAAGACCUUUUGCAAAAGCCUAAGGAUAUUGGGGAGAAUGACUGGACCGAUACUACCUGUGAGAAAGAGUAUGGCAGUGGAAACGGUGGUGAUGGAAAGGUCCAAACUCAACGCGGCAGUGGCUGGGACGAUGGUGACUAUAAGCAUAAUUCAGUGUCUAUGGGACAACUCAUGCAAAUUGGUAUCACUGACAAAGAGGACGAUGUCCAUCCUGGUAUCCACUACGCUCAGCUGGUUAACCAGGGAGGUGCUCACCGUGAGGGAGCUUUGGAUGAGCUUGUCUGGACUCGGGACGGCAAAGGCACCUUCAUGUUCGCGAAUAACAACAACGGCAAAUUUGGCGCUCCAGUCAAAAUUGACGUCAAGGACGGUUGUCUUGCGCGAGGUGUACACUGGGGUGACCUCAACAAUGAUGGACUGGAUGACUUCAUCUGCAUCAGCAGAGAAGGCGCCAUGUAUGUAUCAAUGAAUUUGGGUGGGAGUCCCCCUCAAUUCAAGUCCAUCGGUCUAGUCAGAGCUGCACCUGGCGGGGAUCUAGCCCAAACCAAUGUCCGACUCGGCGAUAUCGAUGGCGAUGGCCGUAUUGACUACUGUCUCGUCAAAGGAAACGGUGACAUUCAGUGCUGGAGAAACGGAGGUCAAAAAGAUGCCCCAACAAGUGAGUUCGGUGGCUACUGGCAGGACUUGGGAGUAGUCUUCACUGGAAAAGGCAUGGGUGACAUUGAUGGUGUCCGUCUUGUCGAUAUCAAUGGAGAUUUCCGUGCCGACUGGCUCUGGCUCGACGACGAAGGCAAGGUCACCACGUACAUCAACCAGCGUGGCACGGGAAAAGGGAGUCUGGCACCUGAUUGGCGUCGUAUUGGUGUCACUCAUGCAGGAAUGGGUGUCAAGGGCGCUAGAGAUCGAAUCAAAUUCGGCCAAAUUUGGCAAGGAGGUGGUGCCGACUAUUCCUGGAUUGAAUCUAUGGAAAAUAAGCCCACUUGGAAUCACUAUACCCACGUGUGGAAGAACGUCGGAAAAGGAGGGACUACCUUGAAGGGCGAUGGCGAUUUCUAUUGUGACUGGCGAGGCACAGGCGCAGAUGAUUAUAUCUGGAUAUCUCCUAAUGGUCGUGGCUUGCUCUACGGCAACGUUCACAAUCCUCCGACUUGGGUCCCCGAGGGACCGCAAAUCUUCGACCUAGGCAGAGAACGAAAGGGAAUCCAUCUUGCGGAUUUUGAUGGUGACGGCAAGUGCGAUGUUUGGGCCGUCAACCGUGAAACUGGUGCCGCAGAGGUGUGGAUCAACCACUGGAACGACGAGAUUGGCAGUGGCUUUUUGGACUAUAAGGGAUUCGUUACUGGAGACGUCAAAUGUACCGAAGGAUGGGGAGUUGGGCUAUUUGACAUCGGUGUGAGCAUGGCUGAUCUCGAUGGUGACGGGCGUGCAGACUACCUGUGCAUGGAACCUGAUGGACGAACGGUUGGAUGGCUGAACAAGGGUGUAAAUGACUUUGAAGCUAAAGGCCAAGUGAAGCGCACUCAAGGGUAUGAUCGAGCGAAUCACAAAUGGGCUGAUGUAAACGGUGACGGUGCUGUUGACUUCCUCUGGGUGGACAAGUUCAAUGGUGAUACCAAAGUCUGGGUCAACAUGGGUGAUACUCCUACCGCUGGAUCCAGUUGGAAGUGGGAAUUGCUUGAUGGGCCUCGGUAUCAGGGAUCAGAUCGAGGAGCGAAUCUAUAUUUCCCAAACAUCGGAGGGUUAGGUCGUGCUGAUAUGCACAAUAUCAUCCCCCGAACCAACAUCGCAUACACCUGGUUCAACACAUGCCCUGGGAGUGAUAGCUCAGCUGUAGAUGACGUCGACCCGUCUACGAAUCCCAAUCUACCCGCAUACACGGCUCCUGAUCAACCUAUAGCCACAGGCACCGUUCCCAUCCCGACGCCAACUCCCAAGCCAACGGACGCAGCUCCCGAUGGUUAUUAUGAACAUUGGCCCGUUGAUGACGACAGUCUCAACCACCGCAUAUGCAAUGAUCUCGGUUAUCCGACCAAAAAGCUGUGGGAUGAAACUGAUGCUGGAAAUUGGUUGGUUACCACAGCCGGUUGGUAUCAAAAGCUUGCUCUCUCAACCGAUUUCAAGUGGGAGGGAAGCAUUGUCCAGACAUUUGCUUCAUUCAAGGGAACCAAAAAGGAAGACAAUGCAAGCGAAAAGAAAUACAUCUGGAACUGUCCCAAUCUCAGUAAUAAUUGCGAGAUUGAGAAUUUAGACGAGCAGCUGAAGUGUGAGGAUGGUAACGUAUACAGGGUACAGGCUCUUCAUGCCAUGCUCAACUUGGCACAAUAUUUCGUGCUCAUCAAGAACAGAAUGGAGUUGGCCUGGGGUAGCAUGAGCUUCAAGACCGCUGGGCUGGUCACAAAGUACUCAAAGACAAGUGAUGAAGAAACCACUUUUGGUGCAGACUCGGGAGCGACUAUCGGCGCUGGACUGGCAAGCAUAUUUGGUGCUUUCAUGCUAGGCCCUAUGGCAGGCAUUGCCGGAGGAGCAAUGACUAUUGGAGCCGGUGCCGUCGGCUCCCUGGCUUCAGUCAACCAAGCCAUGCUUGAGUUCUCCACGUAUGCAGAUCUCGGCGACAAGGCGAGUGAUAUCAUGGACGGUACAUUCCAGGGCCUAGGCAACUUCUUCGACGAAUACUUCCAUCAAGUGCCCCCAGCCGAUGCCAAUUGGGUCACUCAGCCCACGUCUAUCCCGCGUAUUCUGCUGACGGGCAAUUUUGCCUCGAGCGAUAUCCUUCGCGAAACAAGUGCCUCUGUGCCGCCGGCAGCUGACCUUAAAAAGUUCAUUGCUGCUCCUUUGAUCAAUAUGCUGUGGGCGAAGGACAAAAUCUUUAUUCUCAGGAUUGACAACACAUCCAUCAAGGAAGCCAACUACGCCAAGAACCCGAAACAUUACCAUCCAUGCGACGAAGACGGAGAUUUCGAACCAGAUUCCGAUCUUACGGACAUGCUGUGGUGCAAUCCAGACGGCAGUGCCUUCCUUUUUAUGCAAGUGUCUGAGGUGUAUUCCAAGAAGCUCAUUCGCCCUAAAGGAAUUGAAAAUCUACAGGCUGACUAUGGGUUCAAUGCCUAUGACAUCGCCCGGUCUGCCUAUCUUGUAGCCAGAACGUCAAACGAAUGGAUGGCCAAGAUCAAGACGGAUAGCUACUUCAACUGGGUUCCCCAGACAUCCGGCCCGGAUAUUCCUACUUGGCAGAUGAUGCGAUGGAAUUUGCCGGUCUGUGAUAUGGUGGAUGGUUUAGCUCGGCCUUCAUCAUGCACUCCUGGUUAUGGAUGGACACAGUGCAUAUAUUCGACCAUGGCUCUAGUGUGUGGUUUCAGUGGAGGCUGGCCGAAAGACUAUACCUACAAUAGCGCCUAUGGGGAACCUGGAGAAGGACAGCCUUACAAGAAGGCUUUGAGUCCUGCCGAGGCGGUCUCAGCUAUUGGUGGUUGA